AAAAAAAAAAAAAUCCUUAUGCUGUGCCAGAAUGAACGGUAAGGCCAGAAAGGAUAGUGCGAGUUCGUCCGCCCAUCGCGAAAAGUUGCUGAGAAUCAAGAACGUGCUAUACUGGUGCCGGCAGCUGAAUAUGCUGCCAGAAGAGGUGCAGAAGCUGUCGCAGCAGCAGAAAAACUGCCGCAGAUUGUUGAUAAAACAAGCGGAAGAGAUGGAGGAGCGACGUAAGGAGCGAUUCAAGCGCUGGCAAAAUCUCAGUGAACUGCGCUGGCUCAUGUACGAGGAGCAGCGCAAAUAUAAUGAGAAAUGCGGUCAGCAAGCGGCGGACAUUUCCAUCUGGCAAAUAUUGUCCAUGGCACAACACGAGUUGGAACAGGAACUAAACAUAUCGAAUCUACUCGGCAGCUGUCCUCGUUUUCCGUCACCCAUGUCAAUUAUGAAUACAUAUCGUGAGUCGGGCGGUACGAACAAUGUGCUCGAUCCCGUAGCAUCUGUAAUCAUGGGAUUGGGCUGCUCUAGCGCAUUGAACGCGACGCAAAGGAAUGUCGGGAGACAAUCGGGAGAGAGUAUGACGCCUUUCGUGAGCCGACAAUUGUCAGGAGAUGGACGGACUCCAGUUACAGACCAAGCAUUGCCGAGAGAGGAGCCAACUUCACUCGAAAGCGGACAACUGUCGGAAGUGGAGCUGAGUCCAUCUGAAAGCAGUCAAUGGUUGUCCGAGGAAUUGACUCCACAUGCAAGCAUGGAGAAACUGACUCUUCCUGAAGGCAGGCAGUUAUCGGGAAAAGAAUCUAGGCGACCCAGCCUCAAGCAUCUGACAGCAGAUAUACUGACGCGCAUCGAAAGCGAGCUAUUUUCGGAAAAGAAACCAAGCCGAGUCACAAGUCAUCAAUUGUCCAGAGAGGAGCUAAGCCGACUCGCAAGCGGACGAUUAACACCUGUGACGGAUCAAAAAUUACAAAGCCAGCUCAGUGGCGCAGAUAGCAGUGGACAUAACACGUUGGUCAACGGGGACUCCUCAGCCAAAAGUGUAAUCCAAUUGUCCAGGAGCUCAAGGCCGUUGGACUCUAGCGAAAGUGACGAUGAGCAGACGAACGGCCUCUUGAGCACCGAUGAGUUUGUCGGGAUUCGCUGCGAAUUACGGAAAAUCCAGAGAUCAACUCGUCGUUGCGAUGAAAUGAUUAACAUGCUAUUUGCAGAAUACCUAGCACCGAUGACCCAAGACGAGACUUCAGCAGAUUAAUGUUUAGUUGAGGUCCCUAUUGUAUUUACGGAUCGGAAUAAA